UGCUGUCAGGAGGAGACCAGUGCUUUCUUCGUGCUUUGUCCGCUUGACAACUAGUAGUUAUUCUUUAGACCUUGGUAGUACUAUUCCAAACUGACAUAAGGAGCUCGUUAACGGCAUUCCUUAAAUCUACGGAAUUAUCGAGGAUUUAACAACAAUCGGCCUAAGAUUUAUAUAAAGAUAUUUCUGCUGGGUUCUGGUUCGCCCGUCGGGAAGAGAAAUCAAUCUCUCGAGAGUUACGCAAAUCUUCCUCGGCUGCAGGGGUGUCUGGUAUCUCAUUUCUCACAACGGUGAGGUUGAGCUUAGAAUUGGAUUGGACAGAGCUGACUCGCACGCAUGAAUAUCCAACAGGGUGGCCACCAUCUUACCUCUGAUGAGUCUGCAUGUUCAGCAGACGUUAAAGAAGGCAUCAGGCAGCCAGAAAUGCCUGACCACUGUGUAGCUUAUGGUUGCAAAAAUCGAAGGGGGAAAGAUUCCAAAGAAAAAUAUAUAACUUUUCAUGCGUUCCCGAAAGAUGAAAAGAGGCGAUUACAAUGGGCUGAUGCAGUCCACAGAUAUGAUGAUGGGAAGCUUUGGCAACCUAAUAAGAGAGAUGUUUUGUGCUCACGGCAUUUCAGUAAAGACCAGUUUGACAGGACUGGACAGACAGUUCGCUUAAGAUCAGAUGCUGUUCCUAAUGUCUUUGAAGAAUUGCCCCCAAAUCUUGAGAUGGUGAAAGAGGAAGUUGCAGAACCAACUUUUGAGAUGGACAGCACCAUUUAUAUAAAAGAGGAAGUGGAGUCUGAAGAAAGCUCAGACAUGGAUGAGAAAUGUCUCCAAAUGAAUCAAGAGGAAUCUCUAGGAGAUACUGUCACAAGCGACUCCGAGCACAUUUUGAUAGAAAGAAAAGUUAUAAGUGACAGUGAGCACAAUUUGGGUGAAGGAAGAAAUAUAGUUGUGAGUGAUUACAAGCAUGCUUUAGAUGAAAGUGAUAUUGACCGCAAACCGGAGACAAAGAAAUCUCAUCAGUGUCCAUACUGUUCAUAUUCAGCAUCGUUCUCUUCCACACUGCAAGAACAUCUUCGCAACCAUACUGCAGAGAGACCGUAUCUUUGUCCUCAUUGCCCUUACAAUACUGCAAACAAAAGGUACUUCCAAAAGCAUAUCACUAAACAUACGGGAGAUAAACAUUAUGCUUGUUGUCACUGCUCUUACAAGACAACACAAAAGAACAAUCUUCAAACACACAUGCGCUUGCACACAGGAGAAAAACCCUUUACAUGCCCUUACUGCCCUUAUAGUGCUGUGCUGAAAUCAUCGCUGAAAACUCACAUUGCAAACCACACUGGUGACAAACCAUUUACUUGUUCCUAUUGUUCUUUCAAAGCAGCAAAGAAGGACAAUCUUCAAAAACAUAUGCGCACCCACACAGGAGAAAAGCCAUACGUGUGUUCGUAUUGUUCAUACAGCGCUGCUCUCAAGUCUGCUCUCCUGAAGCAUGUUGCCAAACAUACUGGAGAAAAACCAAAUCUUUGCCCUUAUUGCUCUUACAAGACUGUAUGGAAGACUGAACUUGAGACUCACAUGCGCACACACACUGGUGAGAAACCGUUUUCUUGUACUCUGUGUUCAUACAAAACAGCAUUCAAAGGCAACUUGCAGAAGCAUAAACGCACUCACACAGGAGUGAGACCUCAUGUUUGCCCUUAUUGUUCCUACUCAGCAGCACAGAAAACACAUCUGCAGCGACAUGUUAGCUCAAAACAUACAGGAGAGAAACCUUAUGUGUGUAGCCAUUGUCCAAAAGCUUUUGUAGAGAAGGCUAGGUUCAACAAACAUCUCAAGGUACACAGAAUUGAAGAACCAUCAUGAAAAAUCUUUUCUUUUCUGAUGGGAAAUAGCAAAUAAGAAUUUUUUUCUCAAGGCAAAUUUCUAACUGCUGUCUGCAAAUGGCAACAUGAAACAACUUUUGUUAGCUUUUAUAAACCAAGAAAUUUCAUCAAAAUUUGAGGAAACAUUAGUGUCACCAUGUUUUCUUCAGAAUUCUGUAAAUGGUGUUGUUGACAAGUUAUACAUUGCAAUCAAGAAUGUAGUGGUCCAGGAGUUAAGUUGCAUUAGAAAACUGAUGAUAAUAGAGAAUUGUUGAUACUUGGAGGAAGAAUUAGUAGAUCUAUGAUGAGAAAUUUGAAUUGCAAAUAUGCUAGUUCAUUACUGGAUCAAUUGUUCGAGUUAUCUACACUAUAUACUUUGACAGUGUUGAUGCAUAGUAAUCUUGGUUGAGGUGAAAUGUUGUUAGUUCAUAAUCUUCAUUAUCGUUAUUUAUGUUGAAUCUUUGUUAAAUAUAUUUUGUUGAUAUAUA